AUAUGGAUUGGUAAAAAGGGAGAAGCAAAACAUAUUUUUGGGAAGAUUUUUUAUAGACUUUGAAGAGAAGGCAUUAAUCAGACAGAAAACAUCUGAUUUGAAAUAUGUAACUGAAAAAUCAACACCAAUUACAGACAUGCCUCAACUUGGAGAUGAUGUGGUUAUUACUGUAAGAAAUAAAAAUUCCUCGAACAUGAUGUCUGCUGAAAUCAACUUUUACAAGAACAGUGAAUUGAUAGCAAGCAGUGAGUUGUCAAACCACAGUUUCCUUCCUUUUAUAGAGGCUGUUGAAAAAGUUGAAGAGUCACCAGAGAUUCUUGUAUACCCCCAAUACAUACCUAAAAAUACGGUUUCUCUGCCAGCAGGAUGGCAAGUUGGCAUGAAACUUGAAGCUCUAGAUGUAAAAACUCCAAAUCUCAUUUGUGUUGCUACAGUUGAAAGAUUGAUAGCUCAACUGGGAAAAUUGUUUGAUUCAACUUUGAUGGCUGGGGAAAUAAUUAAUGACUACUGGGAUAUGCGAAUUCUCCAAAUUUUUCAUCCUAUAGGAUUACUGGUAUGCUAA